UUGAAUUGAAUUAAUGGUGAUAAGUAUAAAACAUAAAAUAAAAGUAACCACCAGGAAGCAUGUCAAAAAGGGUACCCUUAAAAAAUGUAGAUGUGGACGACAGCAGGAGAGCUAUGAGGGUACUUAAGAAUUUUCCAGGCCUGUGGAACAAGAAGGAAUACAACCGCGUCCACUGUCGUCAACAGCUAAGAAAAGAAGCGGAGAAAUUUGUCCGUGAACUGCUCAGAAAAGAACAAGAGGACGGCAAAUGCUAUUGGAGCGACUUAAAACAAAGAGCAGGGCCCCGAUGGUGGAAUAUGAUCGAAGAGAGGAUCGAAACGAUAAAAAAGAAUUUGACGAAACUGGUAGAGAGAAAGGAAAAGGGAGAACUAAACCCGAAGUUGAGGUUCAUGGUGGGGGCCUACUCAGACUGGCCCUCAGAAGAACUGGUAUGGGCAGCAAACAUUGUAUCAGCUAACAAAUUCGAGGACGGACGAUCUCUGGGAGAAGACUUGGCAGUGAAGGUGACUCCAUCAACGGGUAUAAGAAUAAGGAAGCAGCCAGCCCAGCAGAUAUCCCCGCAGCCACAGCAGAAAUCCCCGCAACCACAGCAGACAUCCCCGCAACUACAGCAAACAUCCCGGCAGCCACAUCAGGCAUCCCAUCAGACAAUAAGGAAGCAGCCAGCCCAGCAGACAUCCCCGCAGCCACAGCAGAAAUCCCGGCAGCCACAUCAGGCAUCCCAUCGGACAAUAAGGAAGCAGCCAGCCCAGCAGACAUCCCCGCAGCCACAGCAGAAAUCCCCGCAGCCACAGCAGACAUCCCCGCAGCCACAGCAGACAUCCCCGCAGCCACAGCAGACAUCCCCGCAACCACAGCAGACAUCCCGGCAGCCACAACAGACAUCUCCGCAACCACAACAGACAUCCCAUAAGCCACAGCAGAUAUCCCGGCAGCCACAGCAGACAUAUAUGAUGUCCAUAAUAAGGAAGCAGCCAGCCCAGCAAACAUCCCGGCGGCCACAGCAGACAUCCCGCCAGCCACAGCAGACAUCCCCGCAACCACAUCAGACAUCCCGGCAGCCACAGCGGACAUCCCAUUGGACACUACCAUGUAACUCGAAGAGGAUAAAAAGGAAGCAUGAACCUGUUGGCUCGCUUCCAAUUGAUCAGGAACUGAUGGACAGAGAAGCUGAUAAAACCAAAAUGACGAAUCUGCUAGUAGAUGCUGCAUUAGAAACUAACUUUAAUCUAGUUUAUCAGUUUAUCAAAAGAAAGACACGUAGUAUUGAAGACUCUCUUGUUUAAUCACACCGAUAAACUGUCACAGUGUGACAGUGUGACAGUGUGACUUAUUAUUGGCGAAUUUCUUUUUAAUUUUAUGUUAAUUUACGCUUUUGAAGUUGACCAGUCUGGACAUGUUUUAGUUGUACGACCUGUUUUAGUAGCCGGUUAACCCUUUAACCGGAUAGUGAUCUUUCAGCGGUAAUAAACGGCGUUAUCCCGGUCAUAACUAUAAGGCGGUAAUAAACGGCGUUAUCCCGGUCAUAACUAUAAGGCGGUAAUAAACGGCGUUAUCCCGUUCUUAAGCGUUGAUUGCUGUUUGUUUCCAACCCCAUUAGCUCAGAGUUUUGAUGAAAUGGUAAACUAAUUACUUUGUUAUCAAUUAAUAACUUUUACAGUUUUACACCUUACUUUAAAGUCUAUAAAUAGUAUAUAAAUAAUAUUUCUUAUAUCAAUACUGACAAUUGUAAUUCAACAAGUAACGAUAUGCAAUUGCAGACU